UGCUGAAUCUCAAAACUCCUCCAUACCUUGACUCCCAAAUAACACCUCUCCACCCACAUACUGUAGCCCCUCCAUUCUCCUCACCUUUCCCUCCCUUUCAUCUUGCGAUUUUCGAACCGUCGCCUGUUCUGGGCGACUAAGGAGCUUCGAUCAACCGUUGGUGUGUUGGCGUCGAUAGCUAGUCCAGUCUAACGUCCACCGCCACCACCCUCUAGUCUCCACAGCUUCAUGCUGAGUCGUCACGUCCAGCUUCCAUAGACUGUGCUGUGCCUAUACAUACCGUACCAUAUUUGAUCGGGCUACCUAGUUGUCUAUCUAAGUCUUUACCGCCGGCUCUGGGACAGUCGGCACAAAACGUCUUUCUCCCAACUCUUGUCCGGGGCAUGUUCAUCCUCUUAGAUGGCUAUCGAAAGUUCAUUUGCAUUUUCGCAGUCUGAACGAAACCUGGCUUGGUGCGACAACCAUAGCAUAUCCUCCGAAGGCCGAAACAACAUGAUGCCACCAUCACCUUUACCAAUGGACUCUUUGUGGAUGUCUUCAGCAGCAGCAGCAAAUCAACUACAGCCCGGCCAGAUUUCACCGUUGAGCGCAGGAUUGGACAAUUCUUCUGCCCCGACGAUGGUACAUUCAGCUUCCUCGUCCUGCGCCGAUUCUUGGAGUACGGACUAUGUCGACCGAGACGAUGUUGAAAUGGACAAUAAUUGGGAGCAAGGCUCGGACGAUAUUCUUACCAUUCCGAAGCUGGAGCCGGUUGAAGAUGAUCUUAACAUGGACGAUCUUAAAGCCGCCCCCCUGGCGCCAGCCUCAAUGGACUCCGCCAAGAUAGAUCCGAAACCGAAACGACCACGAGGAAGACCAAGGAAACACCCAUUGACCACGGCAGUGAGCGCAAGUAAAGUGACCAAGGGUCGAUCAAAGACUGGUUGCAUUACCUGCCGAAAGCGCAAGAAGAAAUGUGAUGAAGCGAAACCUCGAUGCAUGAAUUGCGAGAAGAACGCUGUGGUAUGCGAGGGCUACCACGAAAAACAGAUAUGGAAGAGCGGCAAAGAAAAGGCCGAAGAGGAACGUUUACGCCAGGAGGCCCUUCCAAUCAUUACUAUGCAACCAAUCUUCCAUGGUGUCGAGACUGUCGAGGAUAAGGUCUUUUGGAAACAUUAUAUUACCCAUCUGAGCAAUGUCUUAACAGUUGAAGGAGAGGCCAGAAAUGCCUUCAAAGACAUCAUCCUUCACCUCGCCAAUGAACACCAGGGCCUCAUGCACUCUAUUCUGGCAGUCAGCAGCAAGCACAUCGACUGGGAUACACCGUAUGGUGCCAAGUUAUUGGCCGACCAUCCUCAGUCCAACCGGGAGGCGUUGCAACAACGCGCCGACUAUCACCACGACGAGUCCAUGAAGCGACUGUACGAGGAUAUGGGACGGCCAUUGGACAAAGACGAUCCCGAGUACAAGACCAUUCUCUCUGCAAGAUAUGGACAAAUGCUUUGCUUGCUUCUUCAGACGAGAGCCGAUGGAAACCCUCGAGGUGAACAUCGUGUGCACCUUCAAGCUUACCAGACUCUGAUUCAACACUCACCCCCUGAGGACCCUGCUUUAUAUACUUUCAUUACCGAGUUCUUCCAGUACCACAUCUUUGCCGAUGACUUAUUCUGGCACCCUGAGAAUAUGACAGCCAGACUGUCGUCUGAAGAUUGGGAGCCUGUAGCACCGAUACAGCCUCCCCGUUUGAUAGGUGUUGGGGAUGGCCUCUUCCAGUAUCUAUCUCAGAUCACGACUAUUCGAAACACGAUCCGAGCCAACAUUUCUGCUGGUGUUGACCCAGUGGUGGACUACACCAGCUUGUACCAGGCUGCUGAGAUUGACGCGGCCAUUCGCGAGUGGACACCAAACUGGCCAUGGGGUGACAGCCGUGACCGAGUCGGACUGCUCUACAAGCAGAUGAUGUGGGUGUAUCUUUUCCGGACGAUCUACCCACCUUCAGUCUCCUCGAUGCGCCGUUCGACGUUCAGCACCUUGCCCAUCUCGGCCUCAACUACUGUUGCUCCUCCGCCACCACCACCCAGACGAGCUUCGAUGAUGGCCACAGUAUCAAGGGGCAACGGUGCCACUGGGGCUACUGAUGUUCACAUGGCCAGUAGCUGUCCAACAUCUCGCAACCCUUCGAGGACAAAUUCCAUGCAUGAACAAGACUCAUCAACAUGCCAAGAGAGGGCAUCUUCACCCCCACCUUCCAGAAGGCCAGCAUAUCACGACCGACGAAUCACGCUCGCCGUCGAAGAGUCUCUCACUAUUUUGGAGUCAUUCAAGCCUUCUGACCCCUCCCAGACCCUGCUACUUAUCCCCUGUCUAGUUAUUGGCACUGCUUGCUUUGAGCCAGCCCAGCAGGAACGCAUACGCACUGCAGUAAGAGCUGUUCGCGGAUAUACAGGCCUACGGAACUGCGAGCGUGUCAUGGAACUCCUAGAAAAGGUUUGGGCUUGCAUGGAUCAGGGUGACUGGGUGUCUGUAUGGGACUGGCAAGGCGUUGUUCGACGAAUGCGUCUUGAUUUCUCCUGCGCAUGA